AUGGAAUCCUCAGAAACGUUUGAUACUUGGACAUUGGUAACAAAUAAAGAAACUGAUAGCCCGAAUACGCCAGCCUCAUCGACAUCGUUAAACACGGACAGUGAUAUAGAUAAUCGCAUUGAAAUUCUACAAGAAGAUCAUAAUAACAAUGACAAAGCUGAAGAAGCGGAAAAUGUACAAGACCAACACUUACAAAUCGUGGAGAAAUCGCUAGAGCCAUUAAAUUCAAACACUGAUGAUUUAUCGGAUGGAAUUUCUAUAAUCAGCGGAAGUGAAAGUCCUGGGCGUCUUUCUCCACACCCUGACUUACGGGAUCAUUUGCAAGACUUCAAUUUGAAAUUCGCAACACAUAACGACUUCGUUUUGAAUGACUUCAAACCUUGUAUGGACACAGUUUCAGGUGUUGAAAUUUUACCUAUUGCAAAUGCUGAACAAGAUUUAAGGCAAAGAGGUAAAAUUUCGACGUCAAUUUCGGGAAAAGAAAUAAAAGCUUUACAAAAAGCUUCCCAAACAGCUAAUACCGCGCCAGCUAAUGAAGACACGCCGCCAAGAUUGAAAAGAGGUCUUCACGGUAUCUUUUACGUGGGUGUUGUUUUGGUUGAUGAACAAAAGAAGCAAAGAAAAAGCGAUAAAAAAUCUCCCGCCUAUGAACAAGAACAGCAACAACAACCACAACAACACAAAAGAAAGCCGAGUUUCAAAGCUUGGCCAGGAAUUGGAGAUGUCAUUAAACCAAUGGACGGAACCAAAGAAGAUUUAAAAAGGCCCCAUAAGUGUACAGAUGGCUCUUACGUAGAGUUGGCCGGUAUGUGUGUUGAAAAGUCCUCGUCAAAUGAACCUACAAUUCCCGAGCAAUUAGGACACAACAUAAAUAAUUUGAGAAAGCAUUCAAACUUAAUAGAGGAUUUAGAAGAAAUGUCGGAAAAAACGCGUGAAUUUAUUCAUAAUCCUUACGAUAAAUUAGAAGAAGUAAUUAAAGAUAAUUGGAAAAUGAGAAAAGAAGAAACAAAAGGCAAAACCGAUUUAAAGAGGUCAUCAGAUCAUGGACAUAAAGAAAAAAAUUAUAAUCCGCUAGAUUACAGUAAUGAAAAUAACAAACAUUCUAAAACUAGAGAAUAUCAAAAUUCUUCUAAUAAUUAUGGAAAAAUACAACAGCAGCAGCAGCAGCAGCAGCAGGAAGUAAGGUACGAUAAAUCUAAAGAUUAUAUAAAAGGAAGAAAAUUUCGCGAUGACGACAAAAGUCAACAGGAAAGAAAACGCAAUUAUAACUCGAAAGAAAAAAAUACUCCGAUUAAUUCUUCAAAAUCACAACAACAACAACAACAGCAACAUGAUAAACAUAGAAAUAAUUCCAAGGAAAGAAAACCAUAUAAUAAUGACAUAGAUAAAGGGGAAGUGCUUAAUUACGAUUCGAAAGAACGUUCUAAGAAUUAUCGAAAAACGCAACAAUACGAUAAACAAUAUAAGGAUAACUCAAAAGAAAGAAAAUCAUAUAAUAGCGAGAAAGAGCGAAAAGAAAAGUUCAAUUAUAAUUCUAAAGAAGGAAAAAAUGGAAGACGUUCAUACGAUUCUAAGGAAGAAUAUGCACAAGAACGAUAUGGUAAAGAGGCGAAACGAAAAGGUAAUGACGGUAUUUGGCACCUGAACUAUAUGAAGAAUCGCGAAACGGCCCGUCAAGAGAAAGAACAUAAGAUUGAUAAAGAUAAAAAUAAAAAUUGGUUUAUCGAACGUGCAAAUAGCCGCGAAAUGAAACGCGUUUCCGAGGGGACACGUCUUAGGUGA